GAUGGAAAAGCAAAGAUAAGAGAGUACCUUGAUCAUAGAAUGGCGCGUCAUAAUGAGAUUUUGGAAAUUUUGAAAAUUGAAAAUUCGCAGUUUACAUCCGAUGAGAUUGUGGCGAUUAUUUACGCCAAUUACCCUAAAUCGCUCUGGUCUUCGGCUAAAAAAAGUGUGAAUUUGCAUUUGUACGAGCUGGAAAAAGAAGGAAGGAUAUGCAAGAUUUCGAAUAGUGCUUCGGAAGUAAAGUGGGCCAGGCAAAUCUAUGAAAAGUCAAUGUAA